AUGAACGAGAGCGCAUUGAAGAACUUGUCCUCCAUCGACAAGGUUCCAUCCAUAGACAUCAGCAACAUAGACAGGAAUGCGCUGGAGAGUCACAGCAAGGAGAUUAAGGUCCUCGGAAGCUUGAAGAUGCCCUUCAGGGUGAUUGGCAAGGACGUCAAGGCAAGGUCCGCCUUCAGCAUCAGCGCACAGGAGUGGAAGCAGGCGGAGAGAAUGUGCUCGCAGCCCAAGGCGGAGCCGGUAAAGAACCUCUCUGAAGAGAGCCUGAAGAAGGUGCUGACCGAGAAGCUUGUGGGGAGGUAUGUCCAGGGGUGUUCCAACAUCAGCGUCGACCACAAUGACCCAGAGAGCAUCGUCCCCUUCCUCAUCUCCUGCAUGAAGAACAUCAAGCACAUCAAGGCUCAUUUCCUUGCCCACCGCAAGAGAGAGGAUAGGAACCAGCGGAUCCUGCAGGAACAGAGAGACAGGGCGGCAUCUGCCAAGCAUAGCCUUGACAUAGAGGACAUUGGGAAGAGGCUCGAUAGGUUGAGAGAGGGUGAGACUUCGGAUCCAGAAUCAGAGACAGAAUCCGUUAGUGAAUCCGUCAGUGAGUCGAUAGGGGAGUCCGUAGGGGAAUCCGUAGCAGAGAGCCUUCCGGAGACUGAGAGCCUAAUCGAUAGAGUGUCCGAUCUGAAGAUAUCCAUGGAGGCCUACGAGAAGGUGAAGCAGCUCAUCCUCACCACCUACAAGGAGGAGACAGACAAUCUCGGGGAUGAGUACCAGAGCCCGGUGUUUGUCAAUUGGAUCUGGGUGUACGAGAACAUAGCCUUCAAGAACAGCAACACCCUGGGAGACACUUCCACUUGGAUACAGUUCAUCAAGCACAUCAGGAUGAACUCCGAGGACCUUGAGGCCGAGCUCGCCGGCAACGAGAUCUUCAGGAUCCAUACGAACCUGCUCAAAUCCGUUGGCUUCAUAGGCAACCAAGAGAUCGACAUCGUCAACAGCUGCAAGAUCCUGCUCUUGAUGAACGUCAUGGGUCUGACAAGUUUCAUCGCCAUGGAGAGGUUCCUGGUCGAGAUCUUUGAGGGCAACAUGAGGAACAAGGCCCUGCAGUUCACGAGCAAGUAUGCAGACUACAGGUUCAACACGGAGGACUACGACGAGCUGAUAUCCUCCAUCACCUCCUGCUGCCAUCUCAGCAACGACUUCAUACACAACAUCAACAUAUUCAUGACAAUCAGGGAGAACGCCAAGUUUGAGAUGAGGCAGAAGAUCCUGCAACUGCACAAGGGGAGGCCGAGGCUGAAGAGCCUGGUGGCCAAGCACACCGAUGACAGGAUCAAGACGGUCUAUAACAUGAACAGCUUCGACUCCUGGCUGAACUACGUCAGAUUCCCAAACACCAUCAGCAAGAGGACAAGGUUCAUGACCUACAUCAUCAUGAGCAUGCCGACUCUCAACCACAAGGAAUAUCUCGAGAAGGUGCUGAAUGCAGAUAUGGUCAUGAACGUGCUGAAGACCCCCAUCACCAACCCAGACCUCACCACCCUGCAGAAGAUCAUCGAGAUGAUCACUUACAAGAAGCAGGCCUUCGAGGAGCUGGCGAAGUUCCGCAUGGAAUGCCUGGGCUCUCUGAGCAUAAGCGCCCUGGCCCACUUCAGCUUGACCAAGCUCUUCCAGCUCUACCUCUGUGCCUACCAGUGCAAGCACGUAUGGAAGGACUGCUGGAGGCACGUGCUUCCGGUUCUCAGCUUCCCCAUGAUCCAGAACAUAGAGCUCUUCGUCCUCAACAACCCGAUCAAUGGGGACGAGGUGUAUAGCACCCUUUAUUACAAUGGAAUGAAGUGA